CCUGUCACUUUUUCUCAAUGAAGCCGUGAGGAGGUGCUCGUACACAUUGUAAAAAUUGAAUUGGUUUUAAUUAAAUAGUUUUCAAAACAGAAUUACAGUGCCAAUAAUGUUGAGGUAUCUCCUCGAUAAGUUUUGGAAUGAAGAUGUGUGGUUGCCGCCAAAUACGACAUGGGCGGACAUCGCUCCUGGUCCCGAUAAGGCGGUGGUUUACACGGAUCAUACGCACGUUUUCUUUCCUAUACCGUUAGCAUUUGUGUUUAUACUCGUGCGCUACGUGAUAGAGAAGACCAUCAUUGCUCCAUUCGGCACAUACUUGGGUAUCAAAAACACGAAGCCACGACGAGCACCGGAUAACUCUAAGCUAGAGAAAAUCUACAAGGCCUCACCUAAACUAAAACAGCCGGAGAUCUUAGCCAAGAAACUCGAUAUUUCUGAACGAGAGUUGCAACGUUGGUGGCGCCUCCGUCGCGGUCAGGACAAGCCUUCAACCCUAGUGAAGUUCAGUGAAAAUGCAUGGAAAGUCCUCUUCUAUACUUGUAACUUCUCUUUCGGGUUGUAUACGCUGUGGGACAAGGAAUGGCUGUGGGAUAUCGACCAGUGUUAUAUCGGAUAUCCUCAUCAGGGCCUCACUAACGACAUCUGGUGGUAUUACAUGAUAUCAGCAGCCUUCUAUUGGUCGCUGACAUUCUCUCAGUUCUGGGACGUGCGUCGCAAGGACUUCUGGCAGAUGUUCGUGCACCACAUCGCCACCAUCCUACUGCUGUCCUUCAGCUGGGUCUGCAACCUGCACAGGAUCGGGACACUCGUGCUCUUACUGCACGACUGUGCUGACAUAUUUGUUGAAUCUGUGAAGGCGUCUAAGUACGCGAAGUACCAGAAGCUGUGUGACGCGCUGUUCCUGAUGCUGAUUGUAGUAUGGAUCGGUACGCGUGUCGGCAUCUACCCCUUCUACCUUAUUUGGAGUACAUCAAUCCGCGCGCCCAUGUUGCUCCCGAUGUUCCCCGCCUACUACAUCUUCAACUCGCUGCUGUGUCUGCUCCUGGUGCUGCACAUAGUGUGGACCUGGCUCAUACUGCAGAUCGCAUACGUCGCUAUUAAGAUCGGACAGAUGGACGGCGACAUCCGAAGCUCGAGCUCCGACCUGAGCGACAGUCCACACACCUCAAACAACAGCUCGCCCACCCGGUCGAAGAGUAGAAAGGACACGUAGAGUAAUACACGGCAGAACAACACCAGAGUCUAGCGACAAUAACACAGUACUGUGUACCACACAACUAUUGUACAGGAUCAACUCGCUCCGUACUUCACACCAUACAUUGCGACUCCAUACUGAAGUUAGCUGCGAAUAGCGGCGCCACCGUCGCUUUUAGCGUAAGUUCCAUAAUGAAAUUACGUUUUGUGUCUGGUCUCUGUAAGUGGUAAUGGGGAAGAUUGGUCUAAUAAUUUGAUUUGGAGAUUCAGUUGCUAUUUUAUAGAGAAAAAGCUAUAAAAUAGUUAUGUAUUGUUUUGUAUUGAGUAAAUUAACUGCUAUAAUUAUCAAUUGAUACUGAGAUCUCAAUAACAUAAAUAAUUAUAAAUAUAAUAAUUUGGUCUGACAGGAUUUUAAAUUUCUACAGCGCCCGUCAGGCCGACUCGAAUCUUCCCUAUUACCUAGUACAUUACAUUUGAUGAUAUAAUCUGUAUUAAUUUAGAACUUAAUCAGUCGCAAUGGUGUACGGACUUUAGUUCAGUUCAGUAUGUGGCGUAUAGUUAUGUAAUAUAAUUAUUGUAUUUUGUGAGUUAGCUUUGGAUAUGUUGAGGCUUUCUGUAAUUGGGUAGGCAGGCCAGGCUCGGGAUGUUUGGUAAUCGUUAUCUGUGUUUUUUUUAUAGAAUCGAGAGUUUGAUUGACUAUUUUUUCAUAUUGGAGAUGGUAUAUAUUUUUGGUCUAUAUGACUCGUUUUUGUUGGAUUUUAUAUGAAAAUUGUAUCUAUUGUGUCUAAAUCUACAGUUAUUGAGUUUUGACUGUUAAUGAAUAUGGUUUAACUGAAUACCUUCUCCAUUUUAACUCUUCAAACAAUAAUAAACCUUUUCUCUAGUAGAGAAAGUAUAAAUUGAUUUUAUGACCAGUUUAGAUAGUCAAUCUUAUUCUUGUUACCUUUGUGCGAGGGUCCCAUAAGAGUUAAAGAACAAAUUAUUUUAGUUAUAUAAAUAAGGAAACCGUAUGAUAUUAUUAUUGGCUGCAAUGUUACUUAGGUAGGUAUGGUCGAAUAUGUAUGGAAGUAACUGGUUUUUGGUCUAAAGAAAGUUUAUAAGUUAUGUUGGUUCAAAUUCUGAAUUGAUAUUAUAGUAGUUUGAAUACUUACUUGUUUAAUUUCCAAGUACUCAACCGCUACUCAAUUUUAGGUCGCGCAUAUAGUUCUGUGACUAGAAAUUCUUUGUAUAAUGACAGAGAUGCAUAUUUAAGUCAAA